AUCCCCCAGGGUAUCUACUCUCACUUCAUUCCCCCAGGGGGAAAAAUUAAAAAAUGGAGAACAAAAAAGAUAUUCUGCAAGGGGCCUCUGUGGCCAGAAAUCUGGCACUUCAUCAAAGACAAAAUCUCUCUCGAGUAGCAGUUGGACCUUGUCAGUUGAAGAGCCCCAAUAGGCGGCGGAUAGAGCACAAACGCAAGAUGAUGGCCUGUUGGAGGAUCACUCCUCCCUUUUCAAGGAAAUUCAGAAGUGGGUUCUCUUGCAGGGCGGAGGAGCAGCAAACCCAGUUCAACGAUGGAGUCCAGAGCAAGAAGAAGGUUCUGGUCGUUGGCUCUGGCUGGGCUGGCCUCGGUGCUUCUCACCACCUCUGCAAACAGGGAUUUGAUGUGACUGUUCUGGAAGGUGGGUAUGAACUUGGACAAAAUAGACUGGCCAGUAGUCCGGAUGAUUUUGGAAUCAGAGGUUUUUGGUAUCCAUAUCGAAAUAUAUUCAACCUCGUUGAUGAGCUUGGUAUUAAGCCAUUCACAAUGUGGACCAAAUCUGCACAAUAUUCAGGAGAAGGAUUAGAGGUUAAGUUUCCAGUAUUCCAAGAGUUACCUCAAUUGCCAACUCCGUUUGGGACUCUUUUCUAUACUGAGUUUGUUCAACUUCCAUUGGUAGAUCAACUUGCAUCACUUCCAUUAAUGGCUGCAGUUGUGGAUUUUGACAAUACUGACUUAUCAUGGCAAAAAUAUGAUACAAUUACUGCAAGGGAACUUUUCAGACAAUUUGGUUGCUCAGGGAGGCUUUAUCAGAAUGUUCUUAAUCCACUGCUUCAAGUGGGGUUGUUUGCACCGGGAGAGCAAUGUAGUGCAGCAGCCACUCUGGGAAUGCUAUACUACUUUAUUCUUGCUCACCAGAAAGAUUUUGAUUUAGUAUGGUGUCGUGGGACGGUUAAGGAAAAGAUAUUCGAACCGUGGAUGGAUUCAAUGAGAAACGAGGGCUGUAAAUUUCUGCAGGGCAGAAAAGUGACAGACUUCAUCAUUAACGAGGAAAGUGGAUGUAUUUCUGAAGUAAUCUGUGGGAAAGAGAGUUUAAAAGCUGAUGCUAUAAUUUUGGCUGUUGGAAUCUCCACACUGCAGGAAAUAAUCCAGAGCAGUGCAGCAUUAUGUACAAGAGAGGAGUUUCUGAAAGUUCUGAACUUGGGGACCAUUGAUCUACUCACAGUUAAGCUACAGCUUGACAGGAAGGUUAACAUUCCAUAUGUGAGCAACGCCUGCUCUGGAUUUGAUAAUUCAAAUGGUUGGAUUUUCUUUGAUUUGAACAUGAUUUAUGAUGAGCAUAAAGAUGAUCCAGCAACAGUCGUGCAAGCUGACUUCUUUCAUGCCAAUGAGCUAUUGCCGCUGAAGGAUGAGGAUAUAGCUACAAGAGCGAGGUCUUACCUUUCAAUGUGCAUUAAGGACUUUGAGAAUGCGACAGUGAUCAAUAAAGAAAUCCAAAGAUUUCCAAAAUCCUUGACUCACUUUUUUCCAGGUUCAUACAAGUAUAUGAUGCGCGGAUCCACAUCUUUCCCGAACCUUUUCCUGGCCGGAGACUGGAUAACUACCCGGCAUGGUUCGUGGUUGCAGGAGAAAUCAUUUGUCACGGGACUGGAAGCUGCCAACCGGGCGGUGGACUAUCUUGAAGAAGGAAGCUUGGCAAAGAUAAUACCAGUAGAGGAGGAUGAGCCUCACAUUCAAGCACUGCGGAGCCUCAACAGAAACCUUAAUGAGAUAAGAGCUCAACUUCCAUGGUCCAACUAUUUCAUCCCGUGAGGCUUAGCUUCCAAACCUGUGGGAAUGUUGAUCCAUAGCAUGUGCAUAUUGAUUGGCAAUUGUUUUGCAGCUUCAUCUGUGACUGUAAUUAUGUGUUACUUGUUAACUUCCUGAAAAAUAAAAUUUAAAAAGCUUGUAGUGGUUCUCUCCACCUUAGCUGACUUGAAUGUUGAUUUUCCCCAUCAUUUCAUUCUCAAUGUCUGUCCAAAAUUCCCAGACACUAAUGGGGAUGAUUCUUUUCGUUA